AUGCACCACCUGAGGCGCGACGCACAGAUGGCGGCCAGCACCUCUGCUACCCACACACUGGUCGACCGCGCGAGCCGCGUCCUCGUUGCGCGAACCACGUGCACCAACGACAGCGAUCCCGGCUGCACGAAACCAACACAGGUCCCGACCAUUGCUAUCGCACUGGCUGCUAUUGUCCCCGUCGUUGGACUCCUUAUCGUCCUAGUCUUUUUGCACCGACGGAAUCAGAAGAAGCUCGCAGCGGAAGAUGCGAAGGACAAGUACAAGUCCAUGGACUUCGGCAUGGGUGGGGCUGGCAAGAAGAACAAGGGCGGUCCUGAGAUGAGCAUCACCGAGAAGGACAUCAGGGGAGGCGCUCAUAGCCGCGGCAUCUCGCUCGAAGGUGGAAACCCCUAUAUCCUUCCUGUUGGCCUGCACGGCUCCCGCGAGUCGUUUCACUCGCUCUCGCGCUCGCAGAACGACCCCCACGACCCGUACCGCCCAGUCACCUUCCUUCGCAACGACAACCAGAGCAUCCGCAGUCAGAGCCGCGGAUACGGACACGACAAUGGGUCUCUGUACACGACUAGGACAAUGUCAAGUGGUGGAACGCAAAGAAACAGGAUGGGCGACGGUCUUCUUAACAACGCCCAGCGAAUGUCGACCUCGCGUCCGAUGCGAUCCGAGUCACUUUCUCCCGACAGCACAACCUCGCCAGACGUCAAGUUUCCCGAGCAGAACAUCGCUUUGAGUCCACUGAACCCGCGCUUCGAGGGUGAGCCGCUCGCUAUGCCAGCGACUGAACUGCCGCACUCGAGAACACCCCCCUCAGCCUCAAGUCCUCCCAACGUCCCCAUCAUCGCUGUCCCUGCGCCCGCAGCCGCUAAGCCCGAGAUCUCAACAUCCCCUGUACAGCAACCUGCCGUUCCCGCAUACCCUACCCGUGUACAGUCGCACCAGGCUGCCGUCUAUGAAAAUACAAACACCACCAGUAUCAUCAGCACGUCAAGCUACGGCGAUGGCUUCCAGAUCACUCCCCCGUCACCUCGUCUAAGUCAAACCAUGGCUGCCGCGCCAGGACUUGUCGCACCUCAGCCCCUACGUCCCUUGUCCACCACCCGCGAGGGUCUGGGCAUUGAUGAGUUUGGUAACAACAGUAACCGCCUGUCCAUUAUGCGCCCUCUGCCCCCGGAUGACAUGGAAGGUGACCCAGCACAGCGUGCUGAGCGCAUCCGAUCCUUCUACAAGGAGUACUUUGACGAUUCGAAGCCCGAACCAGUUGGCGGCCACACCUACACCGACUAUUAUGAGGACUAUGGUUCCGAGUACCACCAGGAUGGCCCAGUCUUCGACACACAUUCGAGAGGGUUUGUCGCAGCCCAACCCAACGCACCCUUCGCCGCUCCUGUAACCCGUCGCGCAAUGACUCCUCCCCCUCGCGCACCCCCGCGGUUCCGAAGCAACACUCAGACCGGUCCCCGUGGCCCACACAUGUCGAACAGCUCAAUGGCCUCCUCGAACUACCCACCCCGAAACAUGUCAUCCAUGAGCGGUCGGGCACCGCCACCCAAGAGGCCUUUGCCACCGCCUUCUGCUCUUUCGUCGCUACCUACGCCAGCCAAGCUGUCCGAGGAUGCCAUGGUCUUCAACGCACUUGACUUUGCUCCCCCGGUCUCCUAUCGUGAAAGACAAAAUGGCAUGAGGCCAGACAGCCCUCUGGGCAGCCCCAGGCCGUAUAGCCCAGCCGUCCGACCGCACACUCCAUUAGCCAGCUCUUUCGAUGACCUCGCUGUGUUGCCCAGCCCGCAUCUGCUUCGCAAAUCAGGUCUCUUCACCGGCCUCGACUUUGCGCCGCCGCCUAAGUUCCGCGAUCCUGGCUCGAACGCAUCGGAUGCUGGUUCCAUUCGCUCCAACCGAUCCGGCAUGUCGGCCGUCGGCAGGAACGCCAUUGCCAAUGGCGCCAACCGCGUCAGCAAGAUCCCCAAGGGUGUGGUGUUCACCAAGGACGAUAUGUUGAACCAGCUCAGGCCGCAGUUGAGCAUGGUCUCCAAGGCAUAG